GUGUGAUAACUCCAUGUGCUUUUGAUCAGCUACACACAGCAUCAAUUCUCGGAGGCUAUUCAGCGGCUAUUAAGUCCAAUGCACCCAUCUGUUCAAGAUACCUGUCGGUUGGAUCAAGUCCAUUUGUUGGUGUUUUUGAUGCUGUUGAGGGUAGUACACAGCCUCUAAUGUCAGAUGUUGCAUUUGCAGUAGCCAGCAAGUUGAAAUCAGCCCUUAUUUCUGCUGCUAGUGGUUGGUGGUUUGGCAGUAAGCAACAAGCGGAAGAUCCAUCAGCUGCAAAGAAAAAACCCAAGGUUGAACCAGCAACAUCUUUACCAAUAAGAUUCAGUAUUCCCGACUUGCGUCGUCAUGGCGAUAGCAUACAUAUAGCACCCACCCAUAGAUUAGCCGUAACCACAGACAGUUUUGGGCGUGUCAUGUUGAUUGACAUUUGCAGGGGAAUUGUUGUUAGGAUUUGGAAAG